AUGUCUCGUGAUACUGGAGCUAGACUCUAUCGUGCAUGUGUCCGCUGUCGACAGCGAAAGAUUAAAUGCGACCUGACAUACAGCCAUGACCGUGGCUACCUCCCCUGCUCCAAAUGCACCUCUGAUGGUCAUCGAUGUGUGAUCGCAAAGUCGAGAAGAGGUGGUGACUACUCUCGCUUUCGGCGUUCACGACAAGCACAGCAGCGAACCGAACCGGUUGCGCCAGUUGGGAUGAACUCGACACGUGGCGAGAUAGAUGGCAUGGAGGGAGACAUUAGUCGCUCGUCAUGUGGUGGAAGAUUUAGACAUCGGAGUUUAAGACAGCCGAAUAUCGUCGAAGAGGGGAUUGUGGACGAGCAGGUGCUCAAGUCGCUGCUUCAAUACUACUUCAUGGUUGAUGAACCUUUCUUGCUGGCGGCAGUGAUAUCCAUAGCCACCCAAGAACAGCCAGACCUAGCCGGACUUCAUGACGACAUUUGGAGAUACACGGAGAGACUCAUCAUGCAGGUCGUGCUGGGAGCCGGCGCUGUUCGUUGCGUUGGCACUGUGGAAGCUCUGGACGAGAAUAGCGAUCUGAAGUCCGAGAGAACAGAGGAUAACAGUAUGGCGUGGAGCCUUGUCGGGCUGGCAGUCAGGCAGGCAUACCUCCUGCAUCUGGAGACGUACUCGUUUCGGGGAGAGGUCAAAAUCGAGUCCGACCUAAACUAUACAUAUCUUGCCGAUCGCCAGAUAUCGAUCCAAAUGGGUCAGGCGUUUUGGUGUCGCGGUCCAGGCCUAUCCACCCGGUUCACGGUCCACGAUUACCCAUCUUUGCAACCGCAGGAAGCAAGCGGCAUUGACUAUGCUUCGUUUAUACAGGCUCAAGUGGAGUUAACAACUCUGUUUGGAAACGUACAUGAUAUACUCUUCGCUUCAACGUCACGUACCAUGCAGCUGAUGCUGGUGGGAGACUAUACCAAGUACCUUGAUGACAGCUCAAAAGCCUUGGAUAUGUGGAAAGGCACCUGGAGAAAUGUCCGGCUACCAAGCCAUUUGCACUGCUUGCUUACGGUGCAGUCUGAGUAUCUCCGCCUCUAUGUCAACGCUUUCGCAUUCCAAGCAGUCCUCUACCGAGACUCGAAGGAAGGCCCUGCAUCGGAACGCGGAAAGCCUGGGGCCUAUUUCCCGUUCAGUGUGAUGGCUAGCCCAGAUGGCCGGCAUAUUUACAUUGCCAUCGAGGCUGCGAGGGAUGUCUUGAAGUGCCUAAUGAACCAUUUGAAUCCGACAGAGCAUUUGAGAUUCCUUCCCGUGCGAUACUACUUAUAUCAAAUUCAUGCAUCGGUCUUCCUGUUUAAGGCCUUGUCUGUUGGUGCCUUGACAGCGGACGAGAGCCACGAUUGCACGAUGCUUGUCAAGGAAUUCAUCACGAUGCUACAGAUGGCAGCCACAGGACCAAACCAUAUUGCCUACAAAUAUGGGACCUCUUUAGCUCAUUUAUGGUGUCAGGAUCGUAACACGCCGAACGACGUACUUGAAUCUCGAACGAAUGAUGCACUUUUCGACCGAGGGGCUCAGUUGUCCGACCCCUCUGUUUUUGAUCCACUGCAAGAACCACUAGCGCAUUCAUCCUUCCCUGAGCUAUUUGCAGAUGACGGUGUGACAACAUACUUCAACAACUCAAAUUUUCUAGAAAACUCAGACGUUCUUUACAGCACCCACCCGUUUCUUCGCGGGGGUUCGUCCAACUACGAAGGUAUUACCGAUCGCAACCUCAAGUGA